CAACAUUAACACAUCCAAAAAGGAAAGGGAAAAAAAGAGAGGUGAAAAAUCAAUAGUUGUGGAUCAAGAUUAAUAAGAAGAGGGUCCAACUAGAAUGGCCGGAGCAACGGUGAAGAAUCCGAUCCAACGCAGGAAUUCAAAUGAAAUCGGGAAAUGUUCCGGUGGGCCGGAAAGUAUGGCGGUGUUGAUUUUCGGGUUUUUGGAAGAAUGGGAGGAGUCGUCCGAAAGUUUAUGCAAUUCGGGGGAGAGUAGCGAUUACGGCGGCAUAAAGGAUAUGGACGUGGACGACGAUGAAUUGGUGGACGAGGGUAAUGUCAACAAUAUUGUUGAGGUAGACAAGGCAUUCUGGGAAUCAAAUGAACAAAAUCUCAAGGCGACGAUGUGUAGGAGCAGUUCAAUUGAAACGAAGAUUAGGCAUGCCACAAAAGAAGCUCUGAGGGAAUUAAGAUUGGCCGGAAAUGAGUGUGGUUGCCGGAGACCGGUGGCUGCCGACGGUUGCCGGAAUUGUUUGCAAAGAGGGAUUUCAGAUCGCCUCCGAUUGGCUGGUUACAAUUGUGGCAUUUGUAAAUCCAAGUGGAGGAGCUCACCGGAUAUCCCCUCAGGGGAGCACAGUUAUUUGGAAGUGAUGGACAACUCAAACCCCAAGAAAGGGGAAGUGAAAGUGGUUAUCGAAUUGAAUUUCAGGGCGGAAUUCGAGAUUGCAAGAGCUAAUGAAGAUUACAACCGAUUAAUUAGCAAAUUGCCCGAAUUAUUCGUUGGUAAAGCAGAGAGGUUAAAAGCCGUAAUUAAGAUUCUGUGUUCGGGAACCAAGAAGUGCAUGAAAGACCGAAAGAUGCACAUGGGUCCGUGGAGGAAGCACAAGUACGUGCAGGCCAAGUGGUUCGGGACGUGUGAGAGGUUGACCUUGCCUGCGACCCAACCCGUCGGGAUCUCCGGGCAGCAACCCAAGCCAAGGGCUUCCUUGUUGACCUUUGAUUUGGGGGAGACUUUGCCUGUUUUGCAUUGUACAGCAGUUAAUUAAAAUUAUGUAUAUAUCUUUUUGAAUAAAUUUCGGAAUAUGACAAAAA